CCUGCUUCAUUUAUAGUGAAGCAUAUAUUGUACUGGUAUAUCAAUAAAGGUGUAAAAUAAUCCGAUUGUUCCACAAAUAAAAGGCAAAACGUUUCACGAAUAAUUCUUGAGGCUGACAUCACUAUUGGACUGGCUGCUAGCUGUAAAUUCUAUGCAGUAUAAAGGCUCAUCUGGUGUUUGGGGAAUUUCUAAUUGCCUUAACAUUGAGACAUUGACUGAAGAAAAAGGCCGUGUUUUUUCAAAGUUUUGAUCUCGAUCUGCUGGAAACUAGACUCAAUUCUACCCAUCCCUAACUUACAUAUACCAUGACGACCCCUUUCAACAAUGAAUUCCACAACCGCUCCCGCAAUUUUAGUCCUAACAAUCCUUUUAACCCGAGAAAUUCCACCCGCUCCGUCGUCAACUUGCCUAACAAACAUUUCACCCCGAGAAAUUCCACCCGCUCCUUCGUCAGCUUGGAAGACCGUCAAGAAUAUCUCGCCCGUCGUCGCGAACGUGCCAAAGAAGAAGAAUACUUGAACCGAAUUUCAUCCCUCAUGCAAACUGACCGCCUCUCACUCGACUCCUCGGCCAAAAUCAAGCUUUGGGAAGAUGGCCCAAAUCACGCCAAGGUUGUCAAGUACGUCAACAACUCGCAAUGCCACAACAACGUCAAACUCACCGUCGUCAACAUCCAUCGCGUCUGGCGUCGUGGCGAUGCACAACGUCUCCUCCACAACAACCGAAAACUACUCUGGCACGGAACAAAACGUUCCAACAUUCCAGCCAUUCUACAAAAUGGGUUUCGUCUCCCAAACUCGGCCGGACAAAUGUUCGGUUCCGGAAUCUAUUUUGCUGAUAGGAUCACAAAGUCUUCUAAUUACUCAGAUCAAGAUGCAACUUUCCUCCUACUUUGCGAAGUAGGACUUGGCCGGAUUUAUUCAUGUGCGAAAAGUCACAACCAUCUCACCGCUCCACCCAGUGGAUUCGAGAGUACGAAGGGAAAUGGGACCUAUGUGCCGGAUUGGACGGAUAAUGGGAAUUAUAUGGGAAGUCAUAUCCCAUUCGGGAGGACGGCACGUUGCACCAAGUACGAUUCCCAUGCCGUACUGUACAAUGAAUUCAUUGUGUAUGAUCCCCAAAGGAUUAUUGUACGAUUCCUGGUCGAAGUUCGGGUCCAUAUUGUGGUCAACCCGAGGACAGAGUUGGAUUUGGUAGUUCCCAAGGACUUUGUAGGAAAACGGAAGCCAACGAGAGCAGGUUUGAAUACAAGUUUUCCAAACCAAUAUUCAAAUAUCGCAACUAUUGCCAGAAUAACUCCAGCUAGGGCACCUGGUCCAAGCAUGUCUUUCGGCAAUGUUACAACAGUCAAAAAGAUACCAAAGCCAACUCCACAAAAUCUUCCAACAUUCAGGAUGAACCCAAUCGCUCAAAGAUCCACUCAAUCUUACAUUCCUCCAAUUUACGAGCACACGCCAUCUAUUCAAAAUUGUCAGCAACCGGCGCCUCUUCGGCGUACUGCUCCUCCUCAACUGAAGAAAUCUGAUUGUGCGAUUUUGUAAAUAACAAUAACGAUGACUUGAAAGUGGAAGACGACAAUUUCUUAAAAACCUGGAUGGAGGGUCAACAAAUUAUUAAUUCUUGACUGGGAACACUUUAUUAGCAAUUAGAUAUUGAGACACAUCUUCAUCGAAUAAUUACUGUUUACAAACCUCGUAGUAAUUUACUACCCGGAAACUUAUACUGAUUUAGUAAAUCAUGUAUGCUUCUUUACAUGUAUAUUCUUGAAUAGAGCUGAACCCUUAAUAAAUCAUGGACGCUGUUCGGUAAGACCAUUACUGAACAGUCUUCAUUGAAAAAUAUU